CCCAGAGUGCUCACCUGCACCCACCACUCGCUCACCGAGUCACCACUCACCACAACCACCGGAGCACGCUACGCUCCGAUCGGCAAAUCUCGCCGCGCGUACCGUGUUAGCUAGGUAGCGUAUCUACGUUGCUGUGUUCGGGCGGCGCCGGCCGGCCGGGUGGUACGUGUCGUCGGAGAUGAUGAUGCUGGGCGGUCGCGCGGGGGGCGGCGUGGGGACUGUCGGCGGCGUUGGCGGCGGGAGGUGCCCGUUCACGGCGUCGCAGUGGCAGGAGCUGGAGCACCAGGCGCUCAUCUACAAGUACAUGGCCUCCGGCGUGCCCAUCCCCUCCGACCUCCUCCUCCCGCUCCGCCGCAGCUUCCUCCUCGACUCCGCCCUCGCCACCUCCCCCUCCCUCGGCUACCCUCCUCAGGCAGCACUUGGCUGGGGUUGCUUCGGGAUGGGUUUCGGCCGUAAGGCGGAGGACCCGGAGCCAGGGCGGUGCCGGCGGACGGACGGCAAGAAGUGGCGGUGCUCCAAGGAGGCGUACCCGGACUCCAAGUACUGCGAGAAGCACAUGCACCGCGGCAAGAACCGUUCAAGAAAGCCUGUGGAAAUGUCCUUGGCCACGCCCCCGCCGCCAUCCUCCUCCGCGUCUUCCUCCUCCUCAAACAUCAACUCCGCCGUCAACGUCGCCACCACCUCGCCCGCGCCCUCCUACCACCGCGCGGUCACGCACGACGCGUCGCCCUACCACGCGCUCUACGGCGGGCCCUACGCCUCCGCCGGCCGCCCGCAGCAGCAGCACGCCGGCGCCUACCACCACCACCACCACGCGCAGGCCAGCCCGUUCCACCUCCACCUCGACACCACCCACCCGCACCCGCCGCCGUCCUACUACGCCACCAUGGACCACAGCAAGGACACCUACGCGUACGGGCACAGCGUCAAGGAGGUGCACGGCGGCGAGCACGCCUUCUUCUCCUCCGACGUGAGCUCCGACAGGGACGUGCACCAGCACCACACCAGCGCGGGGCAGUGGCAGUUCAAGCAGCUGGGCGGCAUGGAGCAGCCGAAGCAGCAGCAGCAGCACAACCAGGCGUCGCUCUACCCGGGCUACGGCAACAACGGCAGCGCGUACGCCAUCGACCUGGCGGCCAAGGAGGAGGAAGAGGAGAAGGAGAGGCGGCAGCACUGCUUCCUGCUGGGCACCGACCUGCGGCUCGACAAGCCGUCGUCCGACGACGGCGGCGCGGCGCAGAAGCCUCUGCGGCCCUUCUUCGACGAGUGGCCGCACGAGAAGGCGGGCAGCAAGGGGUCGUGGAUGGGGCUGGAGGGCGAGACGCAGCUGUCCAUCUCCAUCCCCAUGUCCGCGCACAACGAGCUGCCCAUCACCACCACCUCCCGCUAUCACCACGGUGAAUGAAUCAUCGCAACGUGUGCAAGUGGUUUGAUCUGCACCAGACCAUUUCCAUGGACACGUACGGAGCGAAUCGAUUGGUGCUGUCUUGCCGUGCCGAGUGCCACCGACAGCUCGAUCGGUCAGCAUCUUCAAAGGCUGAAACUUGCCGAGGAUCGAGCAUCCAUCGCGUCCAUUUCCAUUUUAUUUCUUCUCCAUUUCUGUAAUAUCUGCUUCGCCAAGGAGCUGAUCGAGUGAGGCUGUGUGUGUUAGGUUUAGGCAGGCUAUCUGAAUCUUUUUAGGCGACUAGAUUUUUUUUUCCUGCAUGCAGUACCUGUCAGUGCCUGUAAUACUAAAUGAUGCAUGAGAUGCUAGCUUGUGAGCGUGUUGGCUUUGGUUCACGCCAUUUUCUUUUCUGUGAUUCCUCUGCGUGUGAUGGUUUGUCACAUCUGCAGAUUCUGAGCAAAAGCUGAGUCAGUCGCCCAUA